AAGAAAGGGUUUCACUGUGUUCGACAAAUAAUGGCGACAGGAGAAGCGAUACCAAGAGUCGCCGUCGUCGUUUUCAUUCUCAACGGAAACUCAAUCUUGUUAGGUCGCCGCCGUUCCUCAAUCGGAAACUCCACUUUCGCUCUUCCCGGCGGCCACCUCGAAUUCGGUGAGAGCUUUGAAGAAUGUGCAGCGAGAGAAGUCAUGGAGGAAACAGGUCUAAAGAUUGAAAAGAUGAAGCUUUUGACUGUAACAAACAAUGUAUUCAAAGAAGCACCAAAGCCAGCACACUACGUCUCUGUUUCGAUGCGUGCGGUGUUGGUGGAUCCAAGUCAAGAACCGAAGAAUAUGGAACCAGAGAAGAGUGAAGGAUGGGAUUGGUAUGAUUGGGAGAAUCUACCAAAGCCUUUGUUUUGGCCACUUGAGAAAUUGUUUGGAAGUGGUUUCAAUCCUUUCACUCAUGGUGGUGGAGACUGAUAGAUGUAUGAGUAAAUUGUUGAUUUGUGA